CACGUGACGAGAAAAACUUACGAACUCCCAUGAUUCUCCACUGAUCAGUUCAAGCCCAGACAGCGCGCGCGCAAAGUGUCGAUAACAGCGGUCCUGACGAAAUGGCGGAAACUUUCAGUGAUGCGAAUGGAUCCCUGUUGUAUGCUGCUGAGAACGGCUCAGUCGAGGGCGUUAAAAUGGCUUUGAAAGCAGGUGCACACAUUGACUUCGACCAUGUGUACAGUCAGUCCGUAAGCAGUGGUACGGCAUUGUACAAUGCUUCCAUGUUGGGACACGUUGACGUAGUGAAACUGCUGCUCCGCAAGGGGGCGUCUGUGGCGAAGAGAAUCAAGUCUUCAUUUACCCCCCUUCAUGCAGCAGCAUAUGAAGGACUGACAGAAGUGGUGGACUUGCUGGUGCAGCAUGGUGCAACAGUAGACGUACGAGACGGCUUCCAGAACACUCCACUCAUGGCUGCUUGUGGCCACAACUAUGUCGACACGGUUCGACGACUGCUUGAGCUUGGAGCAAGGCCUUAUCUAACACACGGUUACUUAGACGAGAGGGCCCUGGAAUCGUCUCGCCCGAGUUUGAAGCUGAUAGAGGAGGUAAAGAAGACCAAGCUGCUGAGAUGCUGCAACCCUAAAUGUGGGAAACCAGGCUACAGGAAAACCCUGAAGCUGUGCGGCCGGUGCAAGCUGACCCGCUACUGCAGCCGUGACUGUCAGAUACAACACUGGUCUGUCGGACACAAGAAGUGCUGUGGACAUGACGUGUACUCUGACGACCCCGCCUUCAAACUUUACAAGUCUAUGGCAGAGACAAUGAUGGCAUGUGCACAUGCAAAAUAAACGUGACUUUUACGACUUUUAAUUUUAAUACUCCAUAUACGAAGAACUAUUGAGCGCACCGUACCACAACGGCCAUAUCAAAUGUAGUAAAAAUGGGGUAUGUUGGCAAAUCUUAGUUUCUACUAUGGACAUUGCGUUUCUGUAUUCUAGCGUUGUGUCAAGUGUUGUUUUUUCACGUACGUAUUCUGUUAUACGGUUUUAUUAAGAAUCGUUUAAUCGAGUUUAUCUUGCAAGCAUGUAAAUAAUGUAAAGUGUGCAUGGGGGGUGGGGAUGUAAGCAAAGAAAAUUUUGCAUUGACCACUUUGUUAGAUUCAAUGAGAAUGAGGCUGUCGCAAUAUAUUUGUCACAGUGACAUUUUGUAUCCCAAAACAAAAGUCUUACGUAAGUAAAUUUGUUUAUUUGAAUUCAUCACACAGUGAUUGGGAGGGCAAAACAGGUUCGAACAACCUUUACAAGUUGCCCUCCCUCACAUAAAAAUGACACUAGUACAUACAAAUCAAUAACAUACAAGCAACAACAUCAAUACAUACAAUACAGGUCAUAAUACAGGUCAUAUAUAUAUAUAUGGAAAACAUAAUCUGGGUAGCACUACUUAUAAAACUAUUGCCUAGCGCGACCUCAAAGCCACACAUGAGCCACACCCACAAGAAGUGGACCAAGUGCAAGGUUGGUCAAGACUGUAUUGUAAACUGAGUCUGUCAUAGGCAGACUUUACCAACUUGUGCUUGAAUGCUAACGCAUCAGACUGAUUGGCUGCUAGCUGUCCGAUACAACGGAGGCCAGGAGCCAACAAGUUCCAGAUUGUUACCAGUCUAGGAAUGUAGGAGUGAUGGAACGCUGAGGUCUUAGAUCUAAUAUGAGUAAACAUGAAGGAUCUAAUACUUCUAGUCGGCCUAGUCUAAAUAAGACAUUAAUGAGUGCUGGGUGCUGUGAUGGGAAUGAUACGAAGUGUGUAACCUCUGGCUAUUAUUCCAGGUGAAUAAAACAACAAUUGACAGAA